CACACUUUGGCCUAGACCUAUCACAGUUCAGCUAGGUUCCCCCAGAUGGGUGCAGGCUACGCAGGCUGGGGUGUACCAGAAGUGUUUCUCGGGACAGAGAACUUUGGGUGGUUCCGUUGAACAGUAGGUUAUCUGAGAGACCUUUUACUUUCCAGUUUUUUUCCCCAGGAGAGUCUACUCUCUCUCCUUCAGUGCUCUGUGUCACUAUGCCUGAGCUCUGUGAUUAGGAUUGUAAAGGACAGGAGAGUCUACUCUCUCUCUUUCAGUGCUCUGUGUCACUAUGCCUGAGCUCUGUGAUUAGGAUUGUAAAGGACAGGAGAGUCUACUCUCUCUCUUUCAGUGCUCUGUGUCACUAUGCCUGAGCUCUGUGAUUAGGAUUGUAAAGGACAGGAGAGUCUACUCUCUCUCUUUCAGUGCUCUGUGUCACUAUGCCUGAGCUCUGUGAUUAGGAUUGUAAAGGACAGGAGAGUCUACUCUCUCUCUUUCAGUGCUCUGUGUCACUAUGCCUGAGCUCUGUGAUUAGGAUUGUAAAGGACAGGAGAGUCUACUCUCUCUCUUUCAGUGCUCUGUGUCACUAUGCCUGAGCUCUGUGAUUAGGAUUGUAAAGGACAGGAGAGUCUACUCUCUCUCUCUCAGUGCUCUGUGUCACUAUGCCUGAGCUCUGUGAUUAGGAUUGUAAAGGACAGGAGAGUCUACUCUCUCUCUUUCAGUGCUCUGUGUCACUAUGCCUGAGCUCUGUGAUUAGGAUUGUAAAGGACAGUACCAUUGGGUUGUGCAGGGAGUGUCAAACUGUGAGUCUAAGGGUUUUGCCUUACUGUGACUGUGGGCUGGAUGGCUGAGCUGGUGAGAGUGAGGAAGAAACACCUCCAGAUGCCUAUCUCCAGGCUGAGGUGUAUGAUCAAACAACUGGAGGAGAAAGAAGUGGACUUUGAAGAUCUAAAGAAGAACUUGGACUACACAGCAUCCUUACUGGAGGCAGUUUACAUUGAUGGAACCAGACCGAGUCUGGAUGCAGAGGAUGACCUCCAGAAGCUCCACUCUGAUGGUGUGCCCACGGAGGUUACUGAUUGGCUGGCUUCAACCUUCACUCAGAGGGCCCGCCGCCCUUCCCGCCGCUCCGACGACAAACCAAAGUUCCGCAGCAUCGUCCAUGCAGUGCAGGCUGGGAUAUUCGUUGAGAGGAUGUUCAGAAGGGCCUACACGGCUGCCAUGCCGGACCAACCUGCAGCAGUCGUCAACUGUCUCAGGGACAUUGACCGGUGGAACUUUGAUGUGUUUGCCCUGAACACUGUCUGCCAUGACCACGCACUACAGACCCUGUUCUUGGAGCUGGUCACACGAUACGAACUCAACAGCAGAUUCAAGAUCCCCAUCUCCUGUCUGAUGUCCUUCUUGGAGAAGCUGGAGAAAGGCUACAGUAAACACAGCAACCCGUACCACAGCAGUGUCCACGCAGCCGACGUCACACAAACCCUACACUGUCUGCUCCUCCGUACAGGACUAGUGCACUGGUUGACUGAACUGGAGGUUCUGGCGUCCCUGUUUGCCGCGGCCAUCCAUGACUACGAACACACUGGAACUACCAACAAUUUCCACAUUCACACAAAGUCAGACUUUGCUAUGAUCUACAACGACCGGUCAGUCCAGGAGAGCCACCACAUUAGUGCUGCGUUCCGUCUUCUCCAAGACGACCAGGCCAACAUCUUCAUGAACCUCUCCAGGGAAGAGUGGAUGGAGCUGCGAGCGCUGGUAAUAGAGAUGGUGUUGGCUACAGACAUGUCGUCUCACCUCGUCCAGGUCAAAGCCAUUAAGGGGUGUCUGCAGCAGCAGGAAGGCGUGGACAAACCCAAAGCGCUGUCCCUACUACUGCACACUGCAGACAUCAGCCACCCCUCCAAGCCCUGGGGUCUACACUCUCGCUGGACCAAAGCCCUCAUGGACGAGUUCUUCAGACAGGGUGACAGAGAGGCAGAACUAGGUCUUCCUUUCUCUCCACUGUGUGAUCGGAACAGCACCCUAGUCGCAGAGUCACAGAUAGGUUUCAUAGACUUCAUAGUGGACCCUACAUUCUCCCUACUGACUGACAUGGCUGAGAAGAUAGUCAUUCCCCUGGUGGAAGACAACCCAGGACCACCAGACCCCUGCAAUCGGCAUAGUAAUCUGUGGAAGGAGAGUUCCAGAGGACUACAGUGGAGCCUGGCUCACAUCACCUCAGAACUGGUCACCUUCAGAUCCACCUGGACACGACACACAGAGGACAACAAGUUCAAAUGGAAGGAGAGCGGCUCCAAUGGAAUGUUGGAGCAGAACGUGACGAAGGAGCCGCCGACUGGUGAAGACGAACUGUUCUAACGCUGUAACGAUGCUCAACAGUAGAGAGGCCCUCUCAUGUAGUACGACGCCUAUGGAAACCAUAUGGAAACCAUAGUGAUUUAAUGAGGAUUGAAAUAUACAUGCUGGUCGUGUUAUUUGCUAAUUACCAGAUAUGUUUUUACCCAAACACAUUGUUUAACCAGUUAGGAAAACAUUGAUGGAGAAACGGAACAAAGAACAUGGGUGUAGCAGGGGUAACAUGGGUAACAGGGGUAACAUGGGUAGCAUGGGCAACAUGGGUAACAGGGGUAACAGGGGUAACAUGGGUAACAUGGGUAACAUGGGUAACAUGGGU